AUGUGCGAUGAGACUAUCAACCACGUGUUAUUUGAAUGCCCUCUAUCUUACCAGGUUUGGUCUCUCUCCAAGAUUCCUCUGAUUCAAGGAGUCUUUCUUGCUCCCUCGAUUUUCGCAAACUUAGAUCAUCUUUACUGGAGAGCAAAGGAGCUUGGAGUAAGGGAGGAAGCUAUCAGGGGCUUUCCAUGGAUUUUGUGGUUCAUCUGGAAAGCACAAAACUUAAAAGUUUUUGAGAACUCAGAAGUUCAUCCUGUAGAUACGCUUCAGCUUGCCUGCAAAGAAGCAGAGUCUUUUCGCAUCGCAAGAGCCAGAGAGUCGAUCAUUGAUUCUCAACUGCCCCUUAUAGACCCAGGUUCGCGAUCCACUGUUUCAGAUCUUUUGAUUUGCCAGGUUGAUGGAUCUUGGAUAGACGAAGGCACUUUAUGCGGCAUUGGAUGGAUUCUUAUCUCAGACUCUCAGCUUAUUAAUCUUGGACUCAAGUGUUUUCGGUACUGUUUAUCUUCACUUCACACAGAGUUUGAAGCGCUUCUCUGGGCAAUGAGAUCCCUCACAUCAUUAUCUAUUUUUAAUGUUCCCUUUGAGACAGAUUGCAAGGAGCUGACACAGCUAUUGGACCCUCCGGAUGAGCGGCCCGCUUUUGCUUCAGAAUUAGAAGAUUUUAAUGCUUUAAAACUAGGUUUCCCGAUUGUCUCGCUAAGAAUGCAAGAGCACGCAGUUCUCUUUUUCCCCAUGUAA